GUCCAGAAGAAAUUGGAUCAGAACGACAAAGCAGACCCGGAGAAGCAGCCGUCGCUGGGGGAGACCGACUUAAAGCCGCCGGAGGAUGUGGAGACUAACGGUGCCGGUACGUUUGCCGAACACUCCAGCAGCCUGCAUGGCGGCAGCGUGGCGGAGGAAGAGCAGGUGAUGUUGGCGCCGCAGGUGUCCGUGGUCUCACCGCAGGAUUACGGCCGAGCGUCAGGCGCUGCCGCCUACACGGACGAGGACUGCGAGAACAAAUGCCACUCCCACUUCCAUGACACAGUGGGCCAGGCCGACAGCAAGCACCACCACCACCACGACUACCACCACAUCCUGCAUCACCAUCACUCGCAGAACCACCACCCACACAGCCACUCCCACUCGUACUCAGAGCAGCACUUCCAGCGGGCCGGCGUGGCCUCGCUCGCCUGGAUGGUCAUCAUGGGAGACGGAUUGCACAACUUCAGCGACGGCCUGGCUAUCGGGGCUGCGUUCACUGAGGGUCUGUCCAGCGGCCUCAGUACGUCUGUGGCUGUUUUCUGUCACGAGCUACCUCACGAGUUAGGUGACUUUGCGGUGCUCCUGAAGGCUGGCAUGACGGUGCGUCAGGCCAUUCUUUACAACGUGCUGUCAGCCAUGAUGGGCUACCUGGGCAUGGGGACCGGCAUCCUGAUCGGACAUUACGCAGAAAACGUAUCCAUGUGGAUAUUCGCUCUGACGGCGGGACUCUUCCUGUACGUGGCUCUGGUGGACAUGGUGAGUCGACGCCUGCACCUGAACACACCGCAGACGCCACAGCCAAUCGUGAGCGAGCUGCCAGAAUGAUCGACGUACAGAGGAAACGACUCGUCACUGAUCUGUCAGUCGUAACAC